AUGUCCUCAUCGUCAGAAAAGCUUGAAAUGAAUACUAUAGCAACGAAAGAUGCUCUUCGUCUUUGUCGUGAAACAGAAGAUAUUAAUACAAUAUUAGCAUUAACAGCUCAUACUGAUCCGAUUGUACGACAACGUGCAUUGAAAGAAAUAUGUCCAUGUCGUGUUAAAGAUGAUAUUGAUCUAUUUUGGGAACGUGUAAUAGAAAUGAUUGAGGAUCCAGCUGACAAUGUUCGAGAACAAGUAUUACAUACAUUAUGUGAUGGUUCCCCUGAUCAUAUGGAAAUGAAAGUUUUAGAUGCACUUGAAACAUUUAAUCGAGAUCGAAAUCAAUAUAUUCGCCGACGAGCUCAUAAAGUUCUUUCAUCCUAUCGACGAUCAGGCAAAUGGAAUGUAUUAUAA